UAAAAGAUCAACCAAACCUCCACUUAUCAUAUCAUAUCAUUCUAUCUGCAGACUCCAAAUUCAUCCGACAACAACAAGAUGUGUCCAAUGAGAUUCCUGUUGGUGUUUUUCUCGGCUAUUUUAGCCGGUUACAUGGCCUGGAAGUCGGUUCGAGCCUCCUCCGAAACAAACGACAAUGUUUUCGAUGAGGAUUCAUCAGUUAACAAACAAGAAUCUAGCAUCAUCAAGAUGGCUCAAAGUGGAUUUUGGGGAUUUGUUGACAUGGCUAGUGGAAAGUAUUUGUGGAGGAACCUGAACCAGAUUAAGCAAGACGCAAAAGUGAAGAGUUCUUGAGAUUAUUAUUAUUGAUCAUUGGGUUUAAGUUUCCCAGUUUUCAUGUAAUUGCGUUGAGAAAGUCAAACCACUUUGCGUUUGGUUUAUCUUUUGUUUCUUUGUAUUAUCAGUGUAUAGAAUCUUGGAAUUUAUCAUAUGUGUGUGAAUGAUAAUUGUAGCAUGAUUAUAUUUUGAGUUAAAUACCAGUUUAGUCCUUGUGGUUUGGGUCA